AUGAUUGAAAUUGAGAGUUGCAUUUAUGUUCCUGAAGAACCUCCAUUUGUCGAUCGACAACACUAUCGCAUUCAAGACUCAACUCCCUGGGCUUGUACCGACGCCACAAUGGUCCCUAUAUUAGGACAUCUCUUUGAUGUCUAUACUUCUGCUCCUCGCGGUGACUCCGAUAAUGCUGCGUCUUGGUUAACGUUUCAGGGCCGCUGCAUCGCUCGCUAUUCUGAGCCAAACAUAGCCAUUUUGUGCAACUCCUCAUCGUACCAUAACGAGAUUCCACAUCGACAUCGACGUAUACCAUACCCUAUCGUCAGAGGCUACCUUAAAGUGCUUGACCAAGGCGUCAACUGUCUCGCUUUAGACCCCGAUGUUUCCGACUCUGUUCUAUUCCGGUUCAGCUCGAAAUCCUCAGCUAUUCAAAACUCGCUCGGUGAACUAAAUCCAGGCCAAAUAGUCUACGUCUCAGCAUAUCUCACUAAACAUUUGACCGGUAUUGUAGAUCUUGAAGUCUCCACGGUUUACAUCUCUUAA